AUGAAAAUAUAAACAAUUCGGACUAUUGAUUUCAGCAAAGCUAAUAAAUAAAUAAAGGAUCUUUCUCAUAAAUUUUUGUAGAGCAAAAUGCUUAGAAAGAACAAAGAGAAUUGCAAUCCGAAUACAAAUCAUUAAGAGAAUGCAGCAAAAUUCCUAUUAGAAGCCCUCCAAAAACCUAUUUUAAGAAAUCUGAGAGAGUUGAUUAGAAUAAAAGAAUCAGUAGUUUGUGAGAGAAAUAUUUUCGAUGAUGUGUGUUCUUUAGGAUUAAGUGAGGAUUCAGAUGUAGGAGAAGGGUUUAAGAUCUCUUUUGCCAAUCUAAGUAUGAAGUAGGAGAGUGUUAUGGAUUUCUAGAGUAUUUAACCAAUAAAUGUUCCUAUUUUAUUGUUUAUGAUACUUUAAAAUAUUCGAAAGAAGAAAAUGAUUAUUUCAUUUUAAGAAAUCAAAUUGUUUAUACUUUAAAAAGAUUUAACAUUAGUAAAUGAGAAAUUACAGUGUUCUUAGAGAGAACAGCUAAGAAAGAUACUCAUAAAUAAAAUGAAAUAAGAAGGAUUAUUAAUUUAAGUAUAUUUAAAGUAUUGGUCUCAACAAACAUAACUUUUGAUAUUUUUUGAUCACUUUGGAUCUAAAAUUAAGAAAAUUUAUAGAAGUAAAUUAAAUUAAUACUUCAAUACAAUAAAAUGGUAAAUAAAAAGAAGAGAAGGGUUAAAACUAUUAAUAAGAUUGACAAAUAUUAAAUUAUUUGAAUAUGGAUAAUGUUUGAAUAAAAUCUAUAAAAAUUUGCAUUUGCAAAAGUAUUUAGAGAAGGUAUUCAAAAAGUAAAUUAAAUUUUCUUUUUAGCAAAUUCAAUAUAUGA